AUGGUUAAGAACUUCAGUAAAAUUCAAAUAUAUUGUUGUCUAGAUAAGAACAGUAUAGAUGAAUCUAAUGAUGGUGAUUAUAGUUUUGAAAAACUUACUGAUUUGAGAAAUGAAAUGAUCCAAAUUGAUAAGCAACAUUCCUCCUUAUUGGAAGAAUUUACCAACGUUAAAAAGGAACUGCCAAAUAAAGAACUUCAAUUAUGUAACGAGAAUACAUUUAAUGAGAUUCAAAAAUAUGAAAAAAUGAUUAGAAAUCUAGAAUCCUCUGAUUCAAAUGUUGAAACAACGGUCGUCGAAGAUUUUAUGAAAUUAAGAACAACCAUUCAAAAAGAGAUUACCAUUAGAUCUAAAAUCUGCAAAAAUUUGGUGCUUCUAAUAAAGGACGUAUCUUCUGGAAAUAUCAAUGAUCUUUUAGAAGAAAUUGGAUUCGAAAAUGUCGAAGUUUAA